GCUCUCUACAAACAUCCUAGUUCUCCUCUCAUGCACUGCUUUCGACCCCACUUCGUGUUUGGAUUGACAUAUCCCUCAUUAUGGAGCCUAACAAAACAAUGCGGGCGUGGACCCAUACCCGUGCCGGGAUGCCUUCAGAUGUUCUGACAUUAUCUCAGCUGCCUAUUCCAGUUAUUUCCUCUCCUACGCAAGUUCUCAUUCGCGUGUUAUACUGCGCUCUAAACCCGGGUGGUAGUAUCAUCAUGCAACUCCUUCCAUUCCUUUUCCGCUCUUCACCUGCAGUACCCGAAAUGGACUUCUCAGGUAUUGUCGUGCAAGUCGGUGCGAAGGUACCCAGCGAUCGACAUCUCCAAAUCGGCGAUGAAGUUUUCGGUUCCAUCCCAGUUCCUCAGCACGUUAAAUCCACCUGCGGGGCUUUGUCUGAGUAUGUGGUGGUCGAAUCCUCCUCUGUGGUCCCUAAACCUCCUGGAGCUCUGAUUCAAGACGUUUCCGGUCUUGGUGUGGCUGGAGCAACCGCCCUGCAAGUCAUGAAACAAGCCAAGCUAAAGAAGGGCGAUAGUGUGUUGGUAAAUGGUGCGAGCGGAGGGAUCGGGCAUAUGCUUGUGCAAAUGUGCAGGGCAGAGGUAGGAGAGACUGGAAAGAUAGUUGCCGUCUGCUCGAAGAAGAACGUAAAUUGGGUGAAAGAGUUGGGGUGCGAUGAGGUCAUCGAUUAUGAACUGCAUGCUCCAGUCUAUGCAUACCUGGCAAAAUCCUACUCAGCAUCGCGCUUCAAUGUUGUUAUCGAUGCAGCUGGAGUUCAAGACUUAUUUCUUAACUGCCCAGCUUUUCUCGCAGAGGGAAAGCCGUUUGUCACUGUUGGCCCUCGUCUUCCCGGCUACACAUAUCUCAGCAUGCUCAGAGUCAUUGGUACAAUGGCGAAGAAUUUCUUAUGGCCCACCAUUCUUGGAGGGGUCCCGAGGUCUUACGUUCAGGUUACGGCGACUGCUAAUCUCGAGGCCAUGGAAGAGCUAGCGAAGAUGGUGGAAAGGAGAGAGUUAAGAAUCGUGGUGACCUCGUGCGCGGAGAUGGAGGAUGCAAAGCAGGCAUAUGAUCGCAUGCUUUCUGGUUCGAAGGGAAAGGUAGUAGUGAGAAUUCAGAACCCGUAA